UUCGCUGGAGAAGCUCGCGUGAGUUGUCUCGUCUUGCUAUUCACACUUUUGAAGUGCACUAGUCGGUGGAUUUUGACAUAAUUUAAUCUGGUUUGGACGGUCUCAUAGUAUAUUCUCAACAUACUAAAUACAUUACAGAACAUUGCCAGAUGUAAAGAGUGCGCUUUGACUUUUGUCAUGUCAGGGCUGAACCAGCUUGUGCUGACAGAGAGAGAACGCAACCCUCGCUUACCUGAUCUGCAUUGAGUAUUUUUAUGACUUGGAUAAUUGUGUUGGUAAGAAUAUAUUAAGCCAACACUAACAGUUAGAGGUGAGAAAUUGUCUCGACGAGUGUAAUGGCGAAGCUGAAAGGCUUUGAUUUCUGGAAAACGACUCUGAAAGGAGCUCGGUAUGUGGUGGCACCUAUGGUGGACCAGAGUGAACUGGCAUGGAGGCUUCUCAGUCGGCGACAUGGAGCGGAGCUUUGCUACACACCGAUGUUGCAUGCACAGGUGUUCGUGCGAGAUGUCAAUUAUCGCCGGGAGAACCUGUAUAGUGAUGUGAGUCCCGAGGACCGACCGCUCAUUGCUCAGUUUUGUGCCAAUGACCCAGAGGUAUUCGUCCAAGCUGCUCUGAUGGCACAAGAGUACUGCGACGCCAUUGACCUUAACCUGGGCUGUCCUCAAAUGAUCGCUAAAAGAGGUCACUACGGGGUCUUUCUUCAGGAUGAGUGGGAGCUACUUGAAAAGAUGGUGAAAUUGGCAAAUGAGAAGCUUUCCGUGCCCAUAACUUGCAAGAUCCGGGUAUUUCCCGAGAUUGAGAAGACGGUCCAGUAUGCCAAGAUGUUAGAGAAAGCCGGCUGCCAGCUGUUGACUGUUCAUGGCCGAACCAAAGAUCAGAAAGGUCCGCUGACGGGCAUUGCCAGCUGGGUACACAUCAAGGCUGUGAGGGAGGCAGUGAAUAUCCCAGUGUUUGCCAAUGGAAACAUUCAGCACUUGAGUGAUGUGCAGCGCUGCAUGGAGGAGACGGGGGUGCAUGGAGUCAUGACUGCAGAGGGGAAUCUCCAUAACCCAGCCUUGUUUGAGGGCCGCAGCCCUCCGGUUUGGGAGAUGGCGGAGGAGUACCUCGAGGUGGUGAAGAAACACACUCCUUGCUCCUUGUCCUUCGUGCGGGCCCACCUUUUCAAGAUGUGGCAUCACACGCUACAGAUCCAUCAGGAUCUAAGGGAAGAUUUGGCCAAAGUGAAAAACCUGGAGGGUCUUGCAGAAGUCAGCCGUCAGCUCAAGGAGCGCUGCCAGGAGGAGAUAGCUAAAGGAGCAGCAGACUCGAGCCCCACUGGCGGGCUGCCCCUUCACCACUGGAUCUGCCAGCCUUACGUCCGGCCUCCGCCUAAGGAGCCCGGGAGUGAGAACACGCCAAAGAAUCCGGAGAUCAAGGCUUCCAAAAGGGCCCUGGAGGACACAGAUGGCAGCAGUGACGGCCUGUCCAAAAACAAGCAGAAGAAGAAGGCUCGCAACCCCCACAAGAACUUCUGUCCCGAGCAGAAACCAAAGUACAUCAAAUGUGAGCAGUGUGGAAAUCCUAAGGGAAAUAAAUGUGUGUUCAACUUGUGUCGGGGCUGCUGUAAGAAGGCGGCCUUUAAGGCAGUGGCAGACUGUCCAGGUCAUGGGCUAAAGUUCAAGACUAAAGCGCUGAAGCUUCAGGCUGUGGAGACUGAGGCGGGUCAGGAGAAUGGAAACGGCAGAGCAGAGCGCAUCCAGGAGGAGCAAGCCUCUACCCCACCACCACCCCCACCUGAGCCUCAUGUUGCUCAGGCUGUGGCCUAACACCUGGCCCUGGCUGAUCACAACCACUGCCAUCUUCCACGGUGCUGCUUCUGCAAAAAAAACACUUUGAUCCAGACUUAGUCACUGGACAUUAAUGAAGAUGGAGCGUCAUGUCGUUGCUGACUGUCCGGCAAGAUAAGUGCUAUACUAGGCACAGCUGCCCAGGAACUGUCAGAUCAAAGGCCUCUUAGGAACCACUGUGUGGCUUUGCUGUUUAUUUUUCGGUAUAAGAGGGAAUAAGGAGUUGGGACACAUAUCUGGUCAAACCACAUGCUGCUUUUUAAAAAAAAAAAUCUUGGAUGAGUUCCAUUCUCUUGUUUUAUUUUGGUUUUAUUCUGAUGUUACUUUUGGGGCAGUGGGUUUUUUCUUUCUCCCUCUUUUCAAAUUUCAGUCUUACCAAAGCAAAACGGUGUCGAAAUGGUCUUAGAAGUACACAAAUGCGUGUUUUCAGUUAACUGGAGAAGGCCUAUAAAUCGUUCAUUGUGUGGUUAUGUGUAUCUUGACUUAAAGCAGUCCAUGUACAAGCCUCAACGAACUUCACCAUGAAUCUCGAUGUUUUUGAACUUUUUCAUAGAAUGAUCAAUAUAAUGGUGUGUGUCAA